UUAAUGUUUGAUUUCACACACACACACACACACACAUAUAUAUAUUAUGCAGAGGAACAUUGACUCUGAAGGAACUUGUUUUUUAAGCUCCAAUUACAGAAACUUAAUUCAUCUUUGAACGAAAUAGGACAAAAUAGAGAAGAAGCAUGUCAUUUCUGAGAUUGUUAUGCACCUCCAUUGCAUUUCUAUUUGUUCUGUUGUCGCCUGCUGCUUCAAAUAUAAGUAGUUCUACCAAACGGCGACGAGAGGAAGUCGUUGCGCAUCGAGGUGCUGUUGCUACUGACGAUGGCCGAUGUUCGAAAAUUGGGGUUGAUGUUCUUCGGAUCGGAGGUCAUGCAGUUGAUGCAGCGGUGGCUGCUUCGCUGUGCUUGGGCGUUGUAAGCCCUGCAUCGAGUGGCAUAGGUGGAGGAGCCUUUAUGCUACUAAGGGAAGCUAAUGGGAAAGCACAAGCAUUUGAUAUGAGAGAAACAGCGCCAUUGAAAGCUUCCAUGAACAUGUAUGCUGGAAAUGCUGCUUUAAAGGCAACGGGAGCUCUCUCUGUAGCAGUGCCAGGGGAACUUGCAGGCCUUCACAAAGCUUGGAAACAACAUGGGAGGCUUCCAUGGGAACGGCUCGUGAAACCGGCCGAGAUUCUUGCUCGAAAAGGGUUCAAGAUUUCGCCAUAUCUCCGAACUCAGAUGGAAAGUUCGAAAUCAGCAAUAUUGGCAGAUAAAGGGCUCCGAGAGGUCUUCACAUCAAAUGGGGAGCUUCUGCAAGUAGGUGACAUAUGUUACAACAAGAAACUAGCAGAAACUCUUCGAAAGAUUUCAAUAUACGGUACCAAGCCAUUCUAUAAUGGAUCCAUUGGAUUGAAUCUGGUAAGAGAUAUUCAAAGAGCUGGAGGGAUAAUGACAUUAGAUGACUUGAAGAGGUACGAAGUUAAAAUGAGGGAACCAAUCUCAGCUAAUAUUCUAGGCCUUAAAGUUCUUAGUAUGCCACCUCCUUCCUCUGGGGGUGUUUCAAUGGUGCUUGCAUUGAACAUUCUUACACAGUAUGCAGUCCCUUCCGGUCUUUUGGGGUCGCUUGGAAUCCAUAGAUUAAUCGAAUCCUUGAAGCAUGCAUUUGCUGUGAGGAUGAAUUUAGGUGAUCCAGAAUUCGUCGAUGUUUCGAAAUUCGUAACUGAUAUGAUCUCUCUUGAGUUUGCAAAGAAGUUGAAGAGCACAAUCUAUGACAACAUGACUUUUGGCCCCAAUCACUACGGUGGAAGGCGGAGGUGGAGCCAAGUUCAUGAUCAUGGAACUAGUCAUAUAUCCAUUGCUGAUAGCUAUCAAAACGCAGUUUCUAUGACUACUACAGUAAAUGCAUAUUUUGGAUCAAAAAUACUGUCGCCAAGUACUGGAAUAGUCCUCAAUAAUGAAAUGGAUGACUUCUCCAUGCCUAUAAACAGUUCCAGAAAUACGCCUCCACCAGCACCACCCAACUUCAUCCGCCCUGGGAAAAAGCCUUUAUCGUCUAUGACACCCACUAUUGUGUUGAAGGAUGAGAAGUUGAAAGGAGUGGUUGGUGCAAGUGGGGGAUCCAAUAUCAUUGCAGCGACUACUGAGGUUUUCUUGAACCAUUUCGCUCGAGGGAUGGAUCCGCUCUCGUCUGUAAUGGCUCCCAGGAUCUACCAUCAGCUGAUACCCAAUGUGGUGAUAUACGAGAAUUGGACGACAGUGACUGGAGAUCACUUCGAAGUUUCAAGUAGCAUCAGGAGUGACCUUCAAAAGAAGGGUCAUACUUUACGAGGCCUAGCCGGUGGGGCGAUUAGCCAAUUUAUAGUUCAUAAAUUGGAAGGUCGUAAGGGCAAGGGAAGCAGUGGAGAACUUGUAGCAGUCAGUGACCCUAGAAAAGGAGGGAUCCCUGCUGGUUUCUGAUCCGGCGUUUUCGUGCUCACUUCUAUUAGUAUUAUUAUUCUCUUUUGCUUGUAGAAUCAAACCCAGUUUUGCUAAAAUUAACCUAGUUAAUUUCAGUCCAGUAAUUAUCUACCAAAAAACCUAUGAAUCCUUGUCAUUCUCUUCGAACAGUAUGUUUGUGAACCCUGUAUCACUUUAGCGUCUUACUAGUGAACAACCUCAUUAUUUUAACUAGGAAACUAGGUCAUUUCUUAUGCUCA